ACAAUAACCUGCAGGAUUCAGGAGUGAAGCUGCUCUCUGCUGGACUGGAGAAUCCACACUGUACACUGGAGAUACUGAGGCUGUGGGGGUGUAAUCUGACAGAGGAAAGCUGUAGAGUUCUGUCCUCAGUUCUCCGAUCAAACUCCUCCAGACUGAGAGAACUGGACCUGAGUCACAAUAACCUGCAGGAUUCAGGAGUGAAGCUGCUCUCUGCUGGACUGGAGAAUCCACACUGUACACUGGAGAUACUGAGAAUCCCUUCUAUUGUGCGCUGGAAGAUCGCUGGACUUGAAGCAACUCCAAAUGGUGGCCUGUUUCGUGUGUUCCCUGAUAGUCAAUGAUUGCUGGAGCUCUGGAAAUAGCAGGUGAGAUUGCAGGCCGGAGUCGCGUCGCUGUCCAGGGAACCAAAAUCAACCUCCUCUACUCCUGAGACCACAGUGUAACUGAGAGCCUAGACUACAUGGCUACUUGGAACAUGAACAUGUUGCAGACACAGGAUCUUAUGAAGUCAGCGCAGGCAGCCCUGGAAAAGAAGAGUCCGAAAGACGUGCCCUUCUCCAAGCUUUAAAGGAGAAGAUCCAGGGCUGUUGAAGCUGCGGUGGAACUGAGACUUCAUCAUCCACAUAUUUUUAGUUCUUCUUGCUAAGUCUGAGUUUCUUUUUAGUCUUUUUAUUUUUAGACUGGUCAAAAGACUGAUUAGUGGAAGUGAAAUGAUGGAUGAACUUUUAAUUACUUGCUUUAUUAUUUGCAGGUGCCUUGUACAGUAAGACAGGGUAACUAAUACUCAAAAGCUUGUUUUGUGUGUUAACAUGUACAGUAGAUGUACAUAUUUUUUCUGGUGCUGUGUGACUGCAGAAUGUAGUGCAGUUAACACAGUAAAUUUCCUUGGAUGCUCACUUUUAACUCGAGGAGGUCACAGUUUGCCCAGACAUCUUUUAUUUAAAUCUGUCAAUCUGUCACCCACACGUCAUUCUGGGGGACGAAGAGGAGGAAGCUGGACAGAUACAUUUAUUUAUUUAUUUAUCAUUGCUGUGUUUCCUCAAUCGAGUGCAGAAAGAAGAAAAACAACACAACUGAUUUAAAAUAAAAAUAUAGAAAACAAUCUAAUGUAAGGUUCUGAUCCGGUUUGCUUUCAGCAGGAAGGCUGUCCUCUUUCCUGUUGCUCUUUCUCUUCUAUUAGUCCAUUUGUCCAGUCUGAAUCGGUUUGAUUCGUUUCGAGACGAUUCGGAGUCAAAUAAUUUUCUAGUGAGAGUCGCACACUUCCAAACGAACUAGACUGAGAUGAGUAUUUGAUUCUCACUAGAAAGUGAUUCGACUCUGAAUCAACUCGAAAUGAAUCAGUCAAACUGAUUCAGACUCUAUAAAAGGACUAUGAGAUGUGAUUAAGAUAUAUAGUCCAAUGUUUUGCUUUACAAUUCCACUGUGUGUGUGUGUGUGUGUGUGCGCGCGCGCACGUGUGUUUUUCAGGAGAACGAGAAACUCUGACACAACAGUACAUCCUGACCAUUGGUACUGUGUACACAUCAACAUACACACGUCUCCAUGCUGUACAUCUCAGGAGCUUUCACACACAGUGCUAGGAAUAUCCCGGGACAGAGAAACGCACCUCCUAAGUGGCGAUUGCAGGCGCAUUUUAUCCGAACUGCUUCCUCCAGGGAACUGUGGACGAGGAGCUCGCCUCCAAGGAGCUCUAUGGAAACGACCCCAGGACCACUGUAGUGGUAUUCAGUGUGUAAUCUCCCUCCAUUUGCAUUCCUCUACUAUAAACAGCUCCAGUCUCUCUUCAGACACUGUGGUUAAAUCAAAUCCAUCUCCUUUGACAGCUCCAGGUGUGUGUGUUUAAUUGUGAUUUUCUAUAAACAUGUAUUGUGGGUCUGUGUGUAUCAGGGCCUAUGUAGAGUUCUACCGCUCGUCAAUGAGAGGUUCUGGCGUUCUCCCAGAGGUCUCUCUCUCUCUCCUCCUCGCGCAGCAGAGACUUCCUCUCCAUCUCAACGUUUAACCUGCUGGAGAGGUGGAGACUUGGGCAGGGGGGUAGUGUAUCUCACACCUCAGAUAUACACGGGUGAAUGUGGAUUUUCAGAAUCAGUCAGUGAGCCCUGUCGGGGUUCUGAGCAGCUCCAUUGAGCUGGAGAAUCUUCCGUCUAACCCUGUCUUUAUCGUCAAUAUCACCGAGGUCAUCAAAGUCGGGCAUUUCUGGGGUUUACAGGCUCACGCGGCAAGUCUGGAGAAACCGAGGUGGCUGACAGUGGCCGUUAAUACACGGGCGCUCUGCCCACUUCCUGUCUCACUUUAUCCAAAUCUUCUGUCUCGCCCCUUUCUCUGAAACUCACACCAAACCUGGGAACUACUACAGAGCCAAAAUACUGCAUGUCAUGGGGAGUAAUGUGGAGGUAACAUCUGUACGUGUAUACACACACACACACACACACACGUACACCUACUAAAGCGCCUCCGUGAUGGAGAAUGGAGUGGUUACAGGAAAAAUGCACAUUGAGUGUACACGUGUGUGUACAGGUAUUCUUUGUGGACUUUGGAAACACUUCCAAGGUGCCAUGUAACUCUCUCUGGAACUUUCUGCUGACCGGCAAGCUCUGCCCUUUCAGGCUCAGGAGUUCAGCGUGGUGUGUUUGGCAUCAUCGGCACAGUCAAGAACUUAAACAAGAAAAGAUUGGUAUCUGGACCAGUAUCAUCUGUAAAAAUCCUGAUCGGAGCAUCAGUAAUGAACACCAUUAAACUAAAGCGCUUUGCAUCUGACGGGUAAAUGAACUCACCCAAUCACAUCCUAUAUGAGAUUAUUCAGAUAUCUACACAAUACACACAGAGCGGUUCGAGAACUGACUCCAGCCCAGAACCAUGACAGUGGAAAUGUCUAAUAGUGCAGCUUUAAAUAUAUUUAAGAGGAGCAGACUUCAAACACUGAACAUUGAGGUUUAUUGUAUUUGUUUACAAGGUAAACAGGUUAACGGUUGUUUUUUGCAUACAGUCUGUAAAAUGAACUGAAAAUAUUAGAUUUAGUUUAUCAGAAGGUAAAUUAAUGUGUCAUGGCUCACACGAUGUUCCUAAAUUCUGUCAUAAUUGACCAGCUCAAGUUUUCUCAUGCCUACUUAUAUUUACUUAUAUUGUGGCACAUUAAUGUUACCAUCUCUAAAAUAAAAAAAAGAAAAGAAAAAAUGUUUAAAAAACAAAAAAAACCCUAAACUUCAACUGUGCUCCUAAAUUUUUGUAAUUAGGAGCACAAGUGCUCCUAAAAGAAGUUGUCUUGCGUCUCUCCUCCUGUAAACACUGUUAAAGAUUCGUAAAUGAUCAGGAAUGUAGCACAACAUGGAGGUGAAAGCAGCGGUCUGUUUAUUUAAAUGUGAAAGUGCAAUAAAAAUAUGUUGUCCCUAAAAUCAAUGAAUAAUCGAGAUCUCAAUAUUGAUCAAAAUAAUUGUGAUUAUCAUUUUGGCCAUAAUCGUGCAGCCUACCUGCAUUAUUAGAUAAAAAUCUUAAAAGUUCAUGUGACAUGGACGUUAAAGUCAUUUGCUUAUGUCAUGUUUCAUGUAGGUUAUUUUUGCAGGAAUGAUGCCGUUUGUCAAGUCAUGUCGGAUUUCCCAUGUUAAAUCAUAGCACUUCUUCUCUGUCGGCACCACAUACGUGUUUGGGACGUAUUUUCUCAGAGGCUUUGGCUGUAAAUAAUUAAAUUACACACACAAAACGUCAUUUUUAUAAAAAUGCAUGCGAUUUAAAAAAACAAAACAAAAAACUCCUUCAUACAAAUAUGAAUCAUCUGGAUGUAACUUACAGGCGGAGGCUAGUAUGCAAAUUUUUCGUGAAGAUUGAAAAAACGAGUAUUAGUCACAUGACACUAAGAAACAAAAGAGUAACGGUACCUGGGGGGACGAGUGUAGCUUUUUACGUUUCUCUCCAGGGAAAUGAAACCUCCCCCACUCCUUCUGGUAGAAGAAAUACCUGAGUGAGAGGAAAAGGACUUUUUAAAGAUAUGACCAAUAUAUGGUCAAAACACUUACAGACAUGAGCAUAUUGGUGGCGUUUGUCCAAAAAGCUUACCUUCCAACACGAUCUGUUUUUUUCAAUUCACUUUUGUUUGGAUGAUCGUAGCGCUUCUUCUCUGUUGGCAACACACACCUCUUUAGGAUGUAUUUUCUUGGAGGCUUUGGCUGUAAAUAAUUAAAUUACACACACAAAAUGUAAUUUUUUUUAUAAAAUACAUGCGAUUUAAAAAAAAAAUCCUUAUAUAGGAUUUCCCCCCAGUAUAAUCUCAAAAGUUGAUGAUUUCCGUCAUGAGAUCGUGUUUUUACUUCACGAACAGUACAAUGUCUCUAAAGUACAGGGAAUAUACGUUUUCUAUUUAAAGUAAUUAUUUAAACAGAGUGAAUUUGGAAGUGUCUUGCUUAAAAACAAGCUUUUUUAUUUAUUAUUAUUAUUAUUAUUAUUAUUAAUGAAAGGCAAAGCUGUUUUAAGAACAUAAUCCUAAAAUCCACUAAAAAGUGGGCAAAGUGGAGUGUACUCAAUGUUUUUUUAGACAGAAAUGUAUGGUACAGUUAUAGUAGACUACAUACACACUAAGUACUAAUACUUAUGUUCAGUAGUAUGUGAACAGUUUACAUAAUUAUAAACGUACAAAUGAUAGUUUAUUGACAUUUUAAAUGAGUUGGUGGACAUUAGUAUCCACUAGGUGGCAGCAGUGCAGCUGUUAUAUCGCCUCACUGAGCAGUCUAGUGCUGUCUGAAACCUCUCCCGAGAUCUUUUCACAUCAUCAAUAGGUGAUGUGUGUAUGCUAUAAGGCUGGUCUGUUUCAUCUCCUUUAACUAGAAUGACUAUUGUCUCAUGGCCUGUAGGGGGGUUGUGGAAUAUAUCCUUACAAUUACAGGGGUCUCUGGCUAGAAGAAGCACUUUUCAGCCCUCAAAAUGUCAUGGAAACAAUCUUUCCAGCCUAAGUUAAAAUAAAACUUCAGAGACAGAGGGUUUGUAGAUGCCAAAAAAUUAUCAAACUUUAUUGAAACAAUAAAGUGAUUCACUCUGCAGAAACUCUAAAAUAUACAAACACACACAAGCCCCUUUUAUACCUUUCUUCACAGUGAACUCAUCUUAGGUGGGAUUUUACCUUUUCUCAUUAAAAACAGACCAGUCUUCUUUGCCACAAUUAAUUAUUCAUGUCUAUAUGAUAUCUUAGAUUUGUGGAGCAUGUGCAGUUAGAUGCUUUUUAGAAAGGUUUUUAUAAGGACAAUGUUUUGUUUUUUUUAACCAAAAAAAAAAGUAAAAUACUUUUACUGGUUUGUUAUAUGCACCGUUAGCUAUAAAAUCUGGAAAACACGGUAUAAAUUGAUUAAUAAUCAGUGUCAUAUCCCCGCUGAGAGGGUCUUUAUACAGAUUGUGAGUGAAUUACAAAGACGAAAGAAAAACAACAGAGGAAAAAAAAAAACACCCAUGGACUUUAAUAAUACAGACAUAAUAAUAAUUAAACAGUUAUAAUGCACACCUUCCAGCCAAUCAGGAUCCAGUAUUCACUCUGACCAUGGUAUAAGUGUAAUUAAUGCUUAAGAUUCAUAAUGACCUUACGAUAUGUGUUGCUUUAUUCCAAAGCUGCAGUUCAUAGAAACCUCUUCACGGCUAAAGCUGCAGAGAUGGAGGUCGAGGGGACCAUGAAGAGGUGGCUCCAGCUGGCAUCAGAGCGAGAGUGUGGGCGCAAGAGCAGACUUUUGAUAAAGGAGGGUAUUUACAGUGUUUUAACUGGUGUGUUUUUUGCGCUAUUUAUUAAUUUGUUAAAAUGUUCAUAUUAUAGUCUAUUUUUAAUUGUUUAUAAAAGUCCUUGCUGUUUUUAAGUGGCUGAAUUAGUGUGUGUGUGUGUGUGUGUGUGUGUGUGUGUGUGUGUGUGUGUGCGUGUUGGUAGCUGGGUGGGUAUAUAGUUGUGGUCGGAAGUUGACAUACCCCUUGCAGGAAAAAGAGACCCUGUGUAAUCUGUUUAAACGACUUUUACGCAUGUUUUGCAGAGAGAUCAUUUUCACCUUGCUGUUUGGGUCUCUGUCCCACACUGUUACAAUGCAGUAUUGAGAGAGCGCGAGGGAGAUCGAUUUUCUAUCAGAAACAGUAACUAUAUAAAAUGGACGUCAACACGCACCACUCUGUGAGGUCAUUUCUCGCUCUCAACAGAGUAGUUGUGAUUGUUUAGUGUUUACGACAGGGCCAAAACAUUCAAGGCCAUGGUGUAUUUUGACUGUUCCUGUAGCAUAAUCUCACCAAACUGUGUGUACAUGAGUCCACAGACACCGAGUCUAUUCACAGUUCCAUGCUGUAUAGAUGUUCUGCUCAUCCUCACUGUACCGUAAAGGUCAGAACCUCACAUCUGUAACCUUGUAGCUUUCCUUAAUAAACACAACUGCAACCAAGCUUGUGUAUCACUACUAUUUUUAGAUCUCCGCCUCUCAAAAGUAUUGGCGCCCUACGCGUCUGGCUCUCAAAACUAUUGGUGCCCUUAGCGUCGGCUCUCAAAAGUAUUGGCGCCCUUCACGGGCAGCUCUCAAAAGUAUUGGCGCCCGAUCCAAAUUUUGCCACAGCAAGCACCACUCACAUUUUCUUCAGGAAAUGUCCCUUAAAAUAAUAAAAAGUCUCUCACUAGGCUGUGUGUCGAGAUAAACGUAAAAACAUCUUGAGCUUGUGUUCACCACAGACCUUAUUUCCGGCAUUUAACCCAAAACCCCAUUGACGGAAGUGCUAAUAUGCUGACUCGUUUCUGGGUUUCACGACUCAUUCCUGCAGCACUCUGUAAGACGGGCUGUUGUUAUCAAACCAUCGAAGUAGGAUAAGCAGCUUUGGUAAUGAUUCUUUAAAUGAACCGAUUCAGAAUCCUCUUCUUGAAUCGUUUGAGUCGUUCUCACUCGGUCAGGGUUGCACGUGUUGGUUGCUUUUCCUGCACGUGUAAUCAGCACGUGUUCACAGACCGUAAAUCCCGACCCCAUGGUAGACACUCGACAGAAAUUUCAUACUAAAGUAAGUAUUUUAUAUUUUCUGGGUCUAAACAGAGCAGAAGUAUUGCUAAUGUGUUGUACAGAUUCUAUUGGACUGGUGAACUGUGUGGAUUUGUAUAUUUAACCCAGUUUAAUAUGGCCUGCUUUGUUCAGUCAGAGACAAGUAAAUCUGUUCUAAUGUUCAUUUAUUUUCCAUAGAUAAAACAAAUGUUUGCUUACACAUGACUACGUACUUUAUGCCUUCAGAAUGGUGGAGAUUUGUCUCUUAACUAUUUUAAAUUUGGUUCUCUUCAACAGGUUGUGUUUGAGUUGUGCAGGCUUGUGUCACCUGAAUUAAAGAAGGCAUUGUUUGAAGGGCUUGAUCAGCACCUCCCACGGCUCCUGCAGUUGUACAACACCGAGAGGCAGUGAAAUACCCGAAAUCCAACAUGUGAUGACCCGCAUUGAUCAAGAGACAGGAGCCUGUGGUUUCCUACUCUGAACGCUGUUCGAGACAUGUCGACUUCAGGAGGCCCCACUCCACCCUUCACCACCCUGUCAGUCACCCACCCAGCCAAUCACAUCACUCCUGUAGAGCUGCACCGACCAGAGAAACGCAACGCCAUGAGCAAGGCCUACUGGAGUGAAAUGAUCGAAUGCUUUAAUCAGAUUGCUGAAGACUCAGAGUGCCGUGUGGUGGUGUUCUCGGGUGCAGGGAAAAUCUUCACUGCAGGCAGAGGAAGCUCAGCGAAAGCUUAAGAGACAGAAUGGAGAGGACCCAGGUAAGCUAUUUCUUCAGUGAUUAUAGUCAUAUCUGAAAAUGAUUGGUCAGUUGAAUGCAGAUUGCUGCAGUGUGAGUGUCUGUGUGUGUCGUAGCCCUGCCUCCAUUCUGCCCACUGUGUGCCAGCUUGGUAAACAUUCUGCAGUGUGACGUGCUGCUUGGCAUGCUGGGAGCUGUGCUGCAGUGGGCUAUGGAGUCCAGUGGAGGACACUGGUCUGAGUCCAUGCUGCAGAGGGUAAAUGUUUGGAUGUUUUGUUAAAAUGACAUGAUAGUGUAGUAAAUUCAACAAAAUUCCACUUGCUAUGCUGUGUUCAUGAGCAUCACUUUUUAAUGACUGAGUAGUGUUCACAAUUCUGUAUGUGUGUGUUGCUACAGGUGCUGCACUUGUUAGGCAUGGCUCUGCUGGAGGAGCAGCAACAGCUAGAGAACAUUGGGGAUGACGAUGAAGUUACUUUCAACUUCACCCUCAAAAUCUCCCAUGGUUAGCAUUAAAACGAUGCGUGAGUGCACAGCUGCUGCACCUCCCUGUGAAGGAACAGGGCACUGUCACAAGGAGACUGUGUGGGACAAAGACAAAGCAGAGAGAAAAAAGAAAGCUGAACUGUGCUGGAAAAAGACCAUGGCUCAAACAUUAGAGAGCCAGAGUCAUUUUAUCAAUAAGUACAUAGAUCUGCUCACGCAGGAUUCAGAGGAUCUGGACGCCUCAGCCUCUACAUCAGCAGAGCAUAGCCCCAGUUCAUGUGACAGUGCUCUGGUGUGUGUGGGACCUCGUCGUUGGCGUGCCAGAGGAGGAGAGAGGAGGCAGAUGGAGAUGUGUAUCCUGUGUCACGAAGCGCAGGAGAUCCUACCUGAUGGCACCGCCAUGGUGCUCGCUGCCUUUGUCCAACGCUCUACGGUCAUGUCCAGGAACCGCAAAAGACCCCCUCACAAUCCAGAGAGCUAUGAUCCCCUCUUCAUGCACCCUGACCUGUCCUUUGGUACCCAUACCGGCAGCUGUGGCCACAUCAUGCACUCUCACUGCUGGCAGAGAUACUUUGAGACACUCCAGAGUCAGGAUGCGCAGUGGCUGCAUGAGCAAACCAGUUACGAUGUAGAGAAUGGGGAGUACUUGUGUCCACUCUGUAAGUGUCGCAGUAACACCGUCAUUCCUCUCCUGCCCCUCACUGAGACCACCUGCAGUUACAGCAAUAGUGAGCAGCCAGGUCUGGCUCAUUGGCUGAAUACAACGUAUACAAGCAGAUCAGAGCCUUGCACUCUGCUCAUAAGAGAGCCAAGCCAACAAAUGCUGGUGAGACAGAGACUGUGGAGGACUCUCCUCCUCCUGAGAGUUUCAGGCUGGACCACACACCAGUCAACCCUUAUUCAAGCUCCAUAAGGGAGAUGCUGAUGACAUUUGGGACCGCAACUUAUAAAGUUGGCCUUAAGGUGCACCCUAAUGAGCAGGACCCCCGUGUGCCGAUCAUGUGCUGGGGCAGCUGUUCUUACACCACCCAGUCUAUAGAGAGAUUAUUGGUAGAUGAGGAGAAGCCUCUGUUUGGAAGUUUACCCUGUAGACAGGUAUGACAACCCAACUUAUUGUCAUAUCUCAGCCCAGCCAGGACUCGGUUUCCCGAGAAGCAACACCCACUUCUAACAUGGCCGCUGAGGACUACACUUCCCACAUGCAUGCGCUCACCUCCCCGGAGUUCUGAUCUCACACACCUGCAGCCAAUCACCUUGUCCACUCACCACGGCUUAUUAAGAGACUUUGGAUACAGAGACACUUUGUGAAGUAAACGUUCAGCAGACUAGUUUCUCUGUCGUUCUCCAAGCGUUACCUACUGUCUUUAUUCCAUAAGUGACUUUGACCUUUGCUUACGUCCCCGACCACGAUUUCUGUCUUGCCCCGUUUGUUUUGUUUGCAUGAUCGCCUGACCCUCGCUUGCUUCUUGACUACGGACUGUGCUCACCCCUCUGGAUUAUUCUGCCUGAACCUGCCGCCCGCUUCUGCUUCUGUAUUCCCCACGGAGACUAUUUGAGUUCCCUGGCUCAGUUUGGCUCUGCAUGCUGAGUCUCCUCUCACUCCUCUGUGCAAAAUCACUUCAUGCGACUGUUGCACUUGUUCUUGCUCCCCAGGUGGAAAGUUCCCCCUGCAUUCUGGAUGUGGACAUGUUCCACUCAGUGGGGAGUCUGGUGCUGUCCUAUUCAGCAUUGCACUGCUUAGACUCCUCAGGGCUGAAAUGAUCCUCUCCACAUUCAAGUAUUUCUAAUUGUGGUUACACUUUAGAAAUAAAAGCGUGUUACUGUGAAGAUGUCAAACUCUUUCCUGUUUUAAAUCCUGAGGUAAGUUUAGCUGAAGCUGUGUGGCAGAAUCCCAAAUGCAUCUCAGCUGUCCUUCAUAAAGUGUUAGUAUUUUACUGUCCUGUUUAAGGACACUACAUAUACUGUUUGUUAGUAUUUUACUGUCCUGUUCUUACUUGUAUCUACUCUAUGGGUCAAUAUCGUACACUCAUAUAAUUGUCAAAUUAUUAGAGAUCAAUGGCUUCAAUAUGUGAAGGGGAACAUAUUGUUAACAUAAAAUGAUAUCUAAUUCCUUUAAUGCAAAUAGGUUGAGUACAAAGCCACCUACUAAGCCACUGCAGUGGAACUUAAUGGUGGCCACACAAAAUAUUGACACUUUGGGCCCAAUUUGGACAUUUACACUUAGUGGUGUACUCACUUUUGUUGCCAGCGGUUUAGACAUUAAUGGCUGUGUGUUGAGUUAUUUCGAGGUGACAGCAAAUUUACACUGUUACACAAGCUGUACACUCACUACUUUAUGUUGUAGCAAAGUGUCAUUUCUUCAGUGCUGUCACAUGAAAAGAUAUGAUCAAAUAUUUACAAAAAUGUGAGGGGUGUACUCACUUUUGUGAGAUACUGUAUUUCUCAUGGACUCAUAGGGGUGCCAAUAAUUGUCACUCUUGACCUCAUACUAACAUACGGACUAAGAAUAGAAAAAAUUAUCAUUUUUCCGCAGUCUGAAGUUGUCUCAGACCAUUAUCUUAUCUCGUUCAUAAUACGAAUUGAUCAUAAUAUUUCCACCUCGCCUCGCUACCGCGUAAAACGUACCUACACAUCAGCUACUGCACCGAGCUUCAUAAAUAACCUCGCAGAAACAUCAAUUAGAUUUGGAUCACCGUCAGAUCCCAUAGAACUCGAUCAGGCGACUGAAAGCUUGGAGUCAACACUCCGCUACACGCUAGAUAGAGUGGCUCCACUCAAAAGGAAAAUAAUUAGAGAAAAAAAAUGAGCACCCUGGUAUAACGAUCAAACGCGAACCUUAAAACAGACAACUCGACAAUUAGAACGUAAACGGCGUCAAACCAAACUGGUGAUAUUUCAAACAGCGUGGAAGGAGAGCCUACUGAAAUAUAGAAAAUCUCUUGGCGAUGCUAGAAAAAUCUAUUUCUCCGCCUUAAUAGGAGACAACAAAAACAAUUCUAGAUUCCUUUUCAACACAGUAGCAAAAUUAACUAGGAAUAAAACCACUACAGAGAGAAACACUCAAUCAUUACAUAGCAGUGAAGAUCUCAUGAAAUUUUUCAUUGAUAAGGUUGAAAAUAUUAGACGUGAAAUACAGGCCAUUAAAUUAAAACCGGACAGUACUGUAACAAACCCAUUACAUGACAAUGUAGCAAUAUCAGAUCAAUGUUUAGAGUGUUUUGCUCCGCUUAGAGAGACCGAACUAGCUACAUUAAUCUCUUCAGCCAAUUCAUCAACUUGCAUACUAGAUCCCGUACCUACAUGUUUGUUUAAACAGUUUGUCCAGGAGUAAUUGAACCACUUUUAAAUAUAAUCAAUUCUUCCCUAAGCACUGGCUAUGUACCUAAAUCACUUAAAUUAGCAGUUAUUAAACCCUUGAUUAAAAAACCUGAUCUUGACCUGUCUCAAUUGUCCAGCUAUAGACCAAUAUCAAAUCUCCCCUUCAUCUCUAAGAUUUUAGAAAAGGUUGUAGCAAAGCAGUUAUGCUCGUACUUAGAUAGGAAUAACAUUCAUGAAAUGUAUCAGUCAGGGUUUAGACCUCAUCAUAGCACAGAGACAGCAUUAGUUAAAGUAGUAAAUGACCUUCUACUGACCUACGAUCAGGGUUGUGUCUCUCUGCUUGUGUUACUCGACCUUAGUGCAGCUUUUGAUACUAUAGAUCACACUAUUCUCCUUGAUAGAUUAGAAAAUGUUGUUGGUAUUAAGGGAACAGUCCUCUCCUGGCUCAGGUCUUAUCUGACCGAUCGUUAUCAGUUCGUAGAUGUAAUGGUGAUUUCUCCAUGCGUACUGAGGUUACUUUUGGAGUUCCGCAGGGUUCUGUUUUAGGCCCACUGCUUUUUACUUUAUAUAUGCUACCCCUAGGUCGAAUUAUUCGUAAACAUGGAAUUAGCUUCCACUGUUAUGCUGAUGAUACACAGUUAUAUGUUUCAGCGAAGCCAGAGGACAGACAGAAGCUUAGUAAAGCUGAGGAUUGUGUAAAGGACAUUAGACGUUGGAUGUUAACUAACUUCCUUCUACUUAAUUCUGAUAAAACAGAAAUACUUUUAUUAGGCCCACGUGUAGCUAGAAGUAAUCUUUCUGAUCACAUGGUUACUCUGGAUGGUCUUUCUGUUUCAUCAUGUGCAGCAGUUAAAGACCUUGGAGUGAUUAUUGACUCCAGCCUAUCAUUUGAUGCUCAUGUAGAUAAUAUUACUAGGAUAGCUUUCUUUCAUCUCAGAAAUAUUUCUAAGAUAAGAAAUAUAUUGUCACUACAUGAUGCAGAAAUACUUAUAUAAUUCAUAUAAUAAUAAUUCAUGCAUUCGUCAUGCAUUCGUCACCUCUAGAUUAGAUUACUGUAAUGCCUUACUGUCUGGAUGUUCCAGUAGGAAUAUAAAUAAGCUCCAGUUAGUCCAGAAUGCAGCUGCUAGAGUCCUAACUAGAACUAGAAGGUACGACCAUAUCACACCGAUAUUAUCAAUACUGCAUUGGCUCCCAGUAAAAUCUCGCAUUAACUAUAAAUUACUUUUAUUAACCUAUAAAGCACUAAAUGGUCUCGCGCCACAAUAUCUAAGCGACCUUUUGGUUUUAUAUAAUCCGCCACGCCUACUUAGAUCAAAAGAUGCAGGCUAUUUGACGGUACCUCGAAUAGUGAAGGCUACAGCAGGGGGAAGAGCUUUCUCUUAUAGAGCCCCACAGUUAUGGAACAGUCUUCCUAUUAGUGUUCGGGACUCAGACACAGUCUCAGUGUUUAAGUCUAGGCUUAAAACGUAUUUGUUUACUCAAGCCUACCCUGACUAGAUUCUGUUCUACUACUUCGCAGUCAUAAUUAUCUUUUUUCUCCCUCUCUCCUUUCGCCGAGCCCCACACGAAUUUAUGGAGAUACUAGAGAUCCAGAUCCUUUCUGCCUCUGGAUGGAGCUCAAAUCUUCUUUAAUUCCAGACUGCUGGGACUACGGCUGCUCCUAAGGCCAUACAGACUUCAUAUAAAUCCAUAAUGAACUUUUUCACACUAUCUGUUGUUACCCAGAUGAGGAUGGGUUCCCUUCUGAGUCGGGUUCCUCUCAAGGUUUCUUCCUCUUAAAACAUCUUAGGGAGUUUUUCCUUGCCACCGUCGCCACUCAGUAGCUUGCUCAGUUGGGAUAAAUUCACACCUUUAAUAUCUGUAUACCAUGUUGAUAUUUCUGUAAAGCUGCUUUGAGACAAUGUCUAUUGUAAAAAGCGCUAUACAAAAAAAAAAAAAAAAAAAUUGUUGUGCACCCAUGUAACAUUUUUUUAAUAAACCUGUUUGCAAUUGUUUAUCCAUGAGAGCAGAGUAUUUUUGUGAAUUUUUUGAACAAAAGAUUUUGUUCUUUGCUCAUAUUUACCAAGGGUGCCAAUAUUAGUGGAGGACACUGUACAUGUUGUCACUCUCGGGUGGAAACCUCACAUGACAAACUGUUACUUUUCAGGAAAAAAAAAACCUGUAUGUUGUGCAGUGAACUGUUACAGUUGGAAGUGUGGCUGUACAUAAAAAAAAAUGUUUAAAUG